CUUUUCUGCGCUCUGCCUUUUCUAGCCAGGACUGACUGCCAAAAGGACCUGUGGCCACGGUCUCCUUCCUCCCUCUACAGACCCUCUUGUUCACCUCGUUUCCCGUCCUGACACGCCAUGGACCCCAGCGCCAUCAAGGAGGAGCUGCGCCUCUUUCAGAGCACCCUGCUCCAGGACGGCCUGAAGGAGCUGCUGAAUGAGAACAAAUUUGUGGACUGCACCCUGAAGGUAGGUGACCGCAGCUUCCCCUGCCACCGGCUGAUCAUGGCCGCCUGCAGCCCUUACUUCAGGGAGAUCUUCUUCACCGAGGACGGGAAGGAGGUGGAGAACACCAAAGAGGUCAUCUUGGACGACGUUAACCCCUCCAUCUUGGACAUGAUUAUCCAGUACCUCUACUCCGCUGAGAUUGACCUCACAGAUGACAACGUUCAGGAUAUAAUUUCCGUGGCGAACAGGUUCCAGAUCCCUUCCGUCUUUACGGUGUGCGUCAACUACCUUCAGAAGAAGAUAUCCAUAGGAAACUGUUUGGCAAUUUUCAGGAUGGGCCUGGUGCUCAGCUGUCCCAGGCUUGCCGUGGCCGCACGCAACUACAUCGCCGACCGCUUUGAGCUCCUCUACAAGGAAGAGGAGUUCCUCAAACUCGCAGCUCAUGAACUCUUCGCCGUCAUCGGUGGAGACUCGCUGAACGUGGAGCGGGAGGAGCUGGUGUUUGAGGCGGUCAUGUCCUGGGUGCGCUACGACAAGGAGCGCACCAAGGUCCUGAAGGAUGCUUUCAACUGCAUCCGCUUCCGCCUGCUCCCAGAGAAGUAUUUCAAAGACAAAGUGGAGACCGAUGACAUCAUCAAGGCCGACCCAGAGCUUCAGAAGACGAUCCAGGUCAUCAGGGACGCAUUCAAGGGGAAACUUCCAGAGAAACCCAAGACGAAGGAGGGGGAGAAGGGGGCCGACGCGGAAGGAGGAGAGGAAGAGGAGAACCCAUUCCCUGGUUUCCUGAACGACAGCCGCAGACAUGGCAUGUACACGCGCGACUUCAUCCUCAUGAUCAACGACACGGCGGCGGUGGCGUACGAUGUCAACGAGAACGAGUGCUUCCUGGCGGCCAUGUCGGAGCAGGUGCCACGAAACCACGUCAGCCUGGCGUCAAAGAGGAACCAGCUCUAUAUCAUCGGAGGCCUGUUUGUGGAUGAGGAAAACGCGAAUAUGCCUCUGCAAUGCUACUUCUAUUUGCUCGAUCCUCUCACGUCCGACUGGGUUGCCCUCCCACCCAUGCCCUCUCCCAGGUGCCUCUUCAACAUCGGAGAGAGCGAGAGCCUGCUGUUCGCCGUGGCCGGCAAGGACCUCCAGACGAACGAGUCGCUGGACUCCGUCAUGUGCUACGACGUCGAGAAGAUGAAGUGGAGCGAGACCAAGAAGCUUCCUCUGAAGAUCCACGGGCAUGCUGUUAUCUCCCACAAAGGACUGGUCUACUGCAUUGGAGGAAAGACAGAUGACAACAAGGCCCUCAACAAGAUGUUCGCGUACAACCACAAGCAGUGCGAGUGGAGGGAGAUGGCGGCCAUGAAGACGCCCCGGGCCAUGUUCGGCGCUGUCGUCCACAACGGCAAGAUCGUGGUGGCCGGUGGAGUCAACGAGGAAGGCCUCACCGCCACGUGUGAAGCUUAUGACUUUGCAGCAAACAAGUGGGAGCCCUUUUCAGAGUUUCCUCAAGAGAGGAGCUCUAUCAACCUGGUGAGCAGCGCCGGCUCCCUGUACGCUGUGGGCGGCUUCGCUAUGGUUCAGAUGGAGAACAAGGAGGUGGCUCCCACAGAGGUCACGGACGUUUGGCAGUAUGAGGAAGAUAAGAAGCAGUGGAGCGGCAUGCUGAGGGAGAUGCGUUAUGCUGCUGGUUCCUCCUGUGUGUCUAUCCGCCUCAAUGCUGCCAGGAUGCCCAAACUGUAGACAGAACCAUUUUCUUUCUUUCUUUCUUUCUUUCUUUCUUUCUUUCUUUCUUUCUUUCUUUAACACCCUCCCCUGACACCACCCACCCCUCCUCCCCCAGCGAGAUACCCCCCGAGGCCCCUCAUCGCCUCCACUUGGAUUUCUGUUUGUCGAGUUGAUCUUUGACAUUAAUUUCUCUCUGAACUCCGAUGAUUUUUAUCUGCACGAUAAACACUCGCUUCUGCUGCCGCUUCAAAGACUGCUCCAUCCCGACAGUAUUAAAAAAAAAAAAGUGAAAAAAAAAAAAAAA